AUGCCAGUGCCUGCGUUUCUGGGUGUGUCCCUCGACAAGAAGCAGCCACCCGGAAAACAAGCCGACCCCGGCGCUAGCAGCGCUUCCGGACGCGAGCCUUCGGCGCGCGAAAGCUGGCCGACGGGAUCUGGCGCGACAGCAGCAAAAUCUGCUCGGCCCAGGCCUGAGCAGGCGUCGGCGCAACCCAAUCACCUCGCCGAACGGUCGCGUUGA